GGCAGUAGGCAGCCAGCCAACUGUAAUGCCAGACACAAAACCGCCAUCAUCAUUCCCUACAGAGAUAGGAAAACCCACCUUAAGAUUAUCGUAAAUUUACUUCACGAUUUACUCAAGACCCAGAACCUUGCCUACAACAUUUUUGUUGUUGAACAGGUGACGAAUCUACCAGAUAUCUUCAACAAGGCAGCCAUAAUGAACGCUGGCUUCAUCGAAGUGAUGAAGCUCUACGACGACUUCGACUGCUUCAUCUUCCACGAUGUUGACAUGGCUCCUCUUGAAUAUUCCAACUUCUAUGUCUGCCUAGACAUUCCUAGGCAUGUCGGUGCUUUCUUGGCUACAUUCCAUUUUCAAUUGCCUUACAAAGGUUUAUUUGGCGGUGCAACAGCUUUCAGAAAGGACCAAUUUCUAAAAUUCAAUGGAUUCUCUAAUGAAUAUUAUGGGUGGGGCGGCGAAGACGAUGAUAUCCUGAAAAGGUUAGGGGUAAAAUCAGUGAAUAUGGCGGUCAACAGAUUUCCAUCUUCAGUGGCCAGGUAUAAAAUGUUUCCCCACCAUGCCGAUCCGCGAAAUCCUGGAAACCAAAAUAACCCCUCCCACUAUCCACGAGACGGUCUGAACACUGCCAAAUACACGGUCGAAUCAGUGAAGAUUAUGAAGAAGUACACACACAUUCUCAUCUCUCUA